AUGACUGACCACGCUCGGUCUCCGACUUUCGAGGAAAGCAUCGAGCUUGAAGAGAUCGUCAAGGACCGUUUCCGGAGCGAACACAAACCAUGGCAAUGGCCGUGGGCACCAGGAGCUCCUGGCAGCGUGCUACUAUCAAUGGCUGCCGCUGCUGCAUACCGUACAGUGCCGGAUGAUGUCGCCAUCACCAGCUUACACGCCCAGUUCGGAGCCAACGUCGUCACUGACAAGCCAAUUGUUUACCGAGUGCAGAGAGUGCGGGACGGUGGCUACCUGAAGACUAGGAAAGUCGUCAUCGAGCAAGAUAGCUGCGAAAUGGUAUGGUUCACGAUCGGUUUCGUCAGAAUGACUCCUUGGAAGGGACCAGCGAUCAAGCACUCUUCGCAGCAAGUUGGACUUCAGCCUCUUCGCAAAAUCGAGCUUGACGAAUUCCGACACUUCUUUGGGCGGAGAGCAAAUCGUCCACGAAUGGAAUUCCAGCGACUGCCUCUGAUAACAGAAGCGAGCAUUUCGUCCUCAGUCCAGCCAGUUGUCGGCCGCAUCAUCGACGCUCUCGAGGCGCCUGCAGGCUCUGCAGUACACGUUGUCGGCCUCAUGAGUCUCACCGAUUGCAUGUUCUCUAGCGCGCCACAUGCAUUGCACGACGUCAAACUCGUCCUACCACCAAUCGGUGACACGACCAGCGGACCACAGAUUCCGGACACCACGAGUCUCAUGACAUUGGAUCACACUGUUCACAUUCACUCUCACGACUUUCGAGCAGACGAGCUUCUCUACUUCGAAAUGGACUCGCCCUGGGCGGCUAAUGGACGGGCAUUUGUGAGGUCACGCAUUUUCAAGGAGGACGGCACCUUUAUUGCGUCGUGCUCGCAGGAAGUCUUAACUGUCUUCAAACCGGAUGCGAAGCUGGAGAAGAAUGCAAAGCUGUGA